CUCAGCAAAAUGCAUUGUUUGGCUAUCCAUCUGCAUGCUUUGAUACAAGUAGCCUAUUUGAUUGUUGCUUACGAGUUCUGUCACCGCAGCUUUAAUUAACCUGCAAUGCAUUUGUAGCGACCAGGCCAACCAGGCUCGUUCGAAAACUAUGUAUUUAACAAGAUAGAUGUCAUCCGUUUCCUUAUAAUCUGCACGAUUUAUCCACGGCAUUCAACAUCGAUGGGCUGACAUUUAUUGGUCCACCGGGCUUGCACGAAGAGAUCUCACCACCAGUGCCUUAUUUUUAGUAGCCCGAGGGGAAGUGUGAAGCCCAUCCCACUCGAUUCCCCCAAAUGAUCUCGGCUCCUGUCUCUGCACAAUAAGCGCACGACAGCCAGGGCACGUUGCCGGGUGUAUAGUGCAGCUUUCACCGAAGCCUUUCCAACCCUAAAGGCAUGACACCACCUCGGUAGAACACCAAAGGAGACUGGGACAGACUUUUUUUGCGGCUUGACCACAUAAUCUGUGCUCGAACACAGCUGUUCCGACCUCCUCUGGUUCUGGAGACAACGUGACCGUCGUUGGGUUGCAUGCAUUCGGCAGCACUGAGUGCAAUCGGAGCCAACGAUGCAAUGGACUACCAAUAACUUUCAUAUCGGACAAGGGUUCGUUGUGAUUCAAUGAUCUGAAUCUGGAGUCGAAUAUACGGAGUGAUAUCACAGCCGGGCUAGUCAUAUUUUCCUUGACACAGCGUUUAAUGAAUGAUCUCUUAUUCUUGCCCGGACCAGGUAUCCUCCCCAGUGCUGCAGUUAUACCACAAUCUGACAUUUUUAUGCAUAGUCUGUGCAGAAUCAAGAUGCAGUUUCGGACAGUGCUGGACGUGAAAGUCGUGGACGUGGAGAAGAGACGCAAUCCAUCAAAACACUACGUAUACCUCAUCAACGUCACCUACUCCGACAACACCUCACACAUCGUCUACAGGAGAUACAGCAAGUUCUUUGAUUUACAGAUGCAAAUUCUUGACAAGUUCCCGAUCGAGGGAGGACAGAAGGACCCCAAGAAGAGGAUCAUUCCCUUUCUCCCAGGUAAAAUCCUGUUCCGAAGGAGCCAUGUGCGAGACGUGGCCAUGAAGAGGCUGCGCUUCAUCGAUGACUACUGCAGGGCACUGGUGCGUCUCCCUCCUCAGAUUUCCCAGAGCGAGGAGGUGCUCCGUUUCUUCGAGACUAAAGCCGAGGACAUCAAUCCCCCCGUGGAGGACUAUGGCUCCAAGCGCAAGUCAGUGUGGAUGUACGGCUUUACCGACAGCCCAAGGAAAGAGGCCUCAGGGAUGGACAGCUCGGAGCCCAUGGUGCUGGAGCAGUACGUGGUGGUGGCCAACUACGAGCGGCAGGAGAACUCGGAGAUCAGCCUCAAGGCCGGCGAGACGGUGGACGUGAUCGAGAAGAGCGAGAGCGGUUGGUGGUUUGUGAGCACAGUGGAGGAGCAGGGAUGGGUCCCGGCUACAUACCUCGACUCCCAGGGUGGAACCAAGGAUGACCUGGACCUGGGGACCUCCAGGACUGGAGAAGUUACUAAACGACGCAAAGCCCACCUGAGGAGGCUGGACCGCCGCUGGACCCUGGGGGGCAUAGUCAACCGCCAGCAGAGCCGAGAAGAGAAGUAUGUGACGAUCCAGCCGUACACCAGCCAGGGGAAGGACGAGGUGAGCUUUGAAAAAGGGGUCACCGUGGAGGUCAUCCAGAAGAACCUGGAGGGCUGGUGGUAUGUGAGGUACCUGGGGAAGGAGGGCUGGGCGCCGGCGUCCUACCUGAAGAAGGUGAAGGAGGACUUCUCCUCGCCGCGCAAGAAGACCCUCACCGGCCCCGUGGAGAUCAUCGGCAACAUCAUGGAGAUCAGCAACCUGCUGCAGAAGAAGUCCGUCAGCGAGAAGGACAUCCAGACGGACGAGGAGGGCGGGGCCACGCCCGAGCGCCACUUUGCCAAGAGCGAGAUCAGCCUGCCCAUGCCAGUCAGCGGGGAGCUGAACGCGGAGACGGGCCGGCGGCUGAGCUCGGGCUCGGGCUACGGCUCCAACAGCCCCUGCCUGGGGCUCCUGAUGGGGGCCAGCGCCUCCCUGAACGAGAGCAAGGCCCGGGCGGAGCCGGGGUCCCCCGCCGUGGCCCGGGUGGCCCCCCGCAGGGUGGAGGUCGGGGACUUUGAGGCCAUAGGAUCUCCAAACCUCCGACAGAAGCCUCCUCCAAGAAGAGACACUAACCUGGGAUUCCAGUUACCCAAGCCACCAGAGCCCCCUGCUGUGGAAGCAGAGUACUACACCAUCGCUGAGUUCCAGUCCUCCAUCUCCGAUGGCAUCAGUUUCCGUGGAGGACAAAAGGCUGAUGUGAUCGAGAAGAACUCCGGGGGCUGGUGGUACGUCCAGAUCGGGGAGAUGGAGGGCUGGGCCCCUUGCUCCUACAUCGACAAGAGGAAGAAGCCCAAUCUCAACCGCCGCACCAGCACCCUCACCCGGCCCAAGGUCCCGCCCCCCGCCCCGCCCGUCAAAAAGACCGACCCGGACGAGAAACCCGUCUCCGCGACCCCCGCCGCCAAAGCCUCGGAGCCCCCCGCCCGGCCCGUGUACGAGGAACCCCUGUACGACAUCCCCGCCGUCGGCUGCGAGGGCGAGGCGGUCGCGGACCCGCCGAAAGACGAGCGCCCCCCCCCGGAGGUGAAGAGGAACAGCGUGGCGGGGAACAAGUACCGCGGCUCGCCCCCUACCUCCCGAGCCGCCGCCCCGCCGCCCAUCUGCAAGGCGUCGCCGGUGUUCAACCGCCGCCGGUCCUCCAUGAGGUCCUCGGAGGAGGCGCUCGCCAAGGAGGAGUGCAUCUACGAGAACGACGGCUUCCGGGCCAGCAGCGCGGACGAGGCGACCUCCUCGGCCAAGAGCUCCGGCGGGCACCACCACCACCACCACCACCACCACUCCCCGAGGAGCUACCACUCCUCCACCGUCCCCCGCAAACCCUCCGGCUCCUCCCCCUUGCCAGGGAGGACCAUGAAGACGGUGACGCCCGAGCUGACCCGAAGGAGCCAGACGCUGGGCCGGCACAUGGACCACAGCCCCCGGUCCUCCUCGGACGAGUCGGGGCGGAGCCACGUGAAAGGCGUCAGCUUCAGCCGGGACGUGGAGCAUCGGAUCGGCCAGAGCCCGUCCACCAAGCCCAAGCCCUCGGUGCGACCCAAACCGCUGCUGGCCAAGUCGGAGCCCCAGGGGCCCGACCGGAUGGACAUCGGCUCUCUGCGGCGACAGCUGAGGCCCGCCGGGGGCGGAGGCCAGCCGCGGCACAGCCUCAAGCCCUCGCGCGGCGAGGACUCGGAGACGGCGUCGGUGGUCUCCUCGGAGGACUCCCUGUGCUCCCGCAGCACCUCGGACCUGUCCUCCGUCUACUCCAAGGGGAGCCACGGGGACUCGGACCUGGAGGGCCCCAGCCUCUACCGGUCCCUGGACGCCUACCAGAAGGUGCAGGACUCGGAGAUCAGCUUCCCCUCGGGGGUGGAGCUGGAGGUGGUGGAGAAGCAGGAGAGCGGCUGGUGGUACGUGCGCCGGAACGCGGAGGAAGGCUGGGCUCCCUCCUACUUCCUGGAGCCCGUGCGGCACCCGGUGGACGUGGGCGGGAGGAAGGAGUCGGACCGGCACCGGAGCGGCGGGAGCAGCAAGUCCAACAGCCUGGAGAAGAACGAGCAGCGCGUCCAGGCCCUGAACAACAUCAACCUGCAGGGCAUGAACCAGCAGCACCAGGUGCUGCGGAGAAGCAGCCCCCCCAUCCCCUCCAAGCCGCCCGGGGGCUUCUCCAAGCCGUCGGGGCUGGUCAACGGCGGGGUGCGCAUGAGGAACGGCGUGCGGCAGGUGACGGUGAGGCCUCAGUCGGUGUUCGUGACCGCCUCGCAGCCCGGCAAGGACUCCCACUACACGACGGGGUCCCUGAGACGGAACGAGUCCCUGGGCCGGAGCGACCACUACCGCUCCGGUUCGGCCACGCUCGGCGUGCGCAGGAACGCCUCGUUCAGCACGGUGCGGCCGCACGUGGUGGUGGAGAGCCAGCCGCGGCCGGACGAGCGCGGGGGCCUGGGUUCCUCGGGCAGCGGCGGCGGGUUCGGGGGCAGCUGCUCCGCCCAGGACGCCCUGGGUCGGGCGGCGGGCCAGAGGAACGGCAUCCCCGUGUCGGCGGUCCGGCCCAAGCCCAUAGACAAGAGCCAGCUGAUCCACAACAACCUCGGCCGGGACGUGUACGUGUCCAUCGCCGACUACGGCGGCGACGAGGAGACCAUGGGCUUCUCCGAGGGCACCUACCUGGAGGUACUGGAGAGGAACCCAAACGGGUGGUGGUACUGCCAGGUGCAGGAUGACCACGUCCCGCGCAAGGGCUGGGUCCCCUCCAACUACCUAGAGCGUAAGAAAUGAGAGCAAGCCCCAUCCCAGGAAAGGGUCUCCAGCAAUCUCUCUUGCCCCCUUGCCCCUGCCCCCAUCCCAUCCCACCAACGGGUGGUGCCUCUAGGCAAAUCGCCGGCAUCAUUCUUAAAGAAUGUUACCCCAAGAAAUCCCCGUAAGCAAUACACCCCGACUCUGAAGGAGACUGUAAAAAAAACAAAAGAUGAUGUUUCAUGUCUUAGGGAGAGACCCUAUUAGAGCUGGUUUACUGAGAUCUGUACCCGCCGAAGUCUAGAACAAACGUUUUGGAAGUGGACGAGAAGUGAACCUUUAUGAAUGGACACAUGAGAUUAGAUGACAGGUCUUUUGAAUACCGAACGGUGUAACUGGGCACGGCGGCCUCCGAAAGGGGCUGCCAUGGGUUGACGCUGAAUUUAGCAGGGUACGGCUAGUGUUGUUCGUGCCCACCUGUGACUGAUGCCAAAUUAGUGCCUUUGGUGUGUGAUCAUCUGAAUGAAGGUCCUAAGAGGUCAACAGGAACGUGAAUCAACCAAACCUAUCUGUGUGUGAGAGUGCUACAUGGCCUUUGGGAGCGCAGACAUCUCCGAAUGUGUUUCUGUGUUUCUCACCAACUCAAAGUUCCAUUUUAGGAGCACCAGUUGAGCGAAGCGGCCAAUCAAUGUGAUCUCUGGGUUCCAGUAGGUAUAAUUGAUGCAAUAUGCGGAAAAAGAGAGAGGAAAUUAAAUUCCGCUGCUUGUAAAGUUACUCUUUAUUCACCGUCCCGGACAAAAUAGAAGAUCAACUUGUUUAGCUUUUUAUGUUGCCUUUUGCCUCCAUCAUUGUUACGAUUAAUUUUUUUGGGAUUCUCUCCUUGCUUAGAGAAUAAUUUCUGCAUUUCUUGUGACAUCCCCUCUCAAACGGACAGCCUAUUGGAACUUAAGAUAAGGUAGUAACCAAAGCAGUGGAUUGGCAUUGUGAGUCCAGCAGUGAAAUAAUCUUUAGUUAGUACACGCAGUCCCCAUCAAAGUUCCUAUACAAAAAAAAGUUUAUUGAACAUUUUCUGUCAUGGCCACCAGGGGGCUACUGCCCUGAAAAAGUCAAUUUGUUUACGUAGUGUUUAGCUUCAAUGUAGUUAUUUUAUGCUGUUGUUUCAAAAAAUACAUUUGUAUAUAUUGUUGUUAAUCCCAGGGAUGUGCUUACCUAGCAUCAUGCCCAAAAUGUGAUUAAAACCAAUGGAAUAUAAAUUCAACAGCUAGUUUUGUAGCUUUAUAUUUACCACUGGUUAGGCAAAGAACAGUUUAAAGCAAACUAUAAAAUACCUAACAUAACGAGGUGGGAGAACUGACUGAUAUAUAUGGAAUAUAUCUCAUAAGCUAUAUCUAGACGCACUUGAUCUAACCAAAUGUCAUAGCAUGGAACCAAUCGAAGAUUGAUAUUGCUGAUGCAGUAUUGUAUUAAUAUUAAUGUGAAGCGAAUAACAUUUUCAUUUAAAAUUCAUUUGUUGAUAUUUUGGUUCUGUUAAAUCAUGUAUUGACCAAACACACAAUAGCAUUACAAUACAUCAUAACUAUUGCCCUUUGAUACAAAAUAAGUGUGACAACCUCCAAUUUCAAGGCUUCCGAUGGCUGGUGUCCAAGAUUGCUGAAAUAUAUUUUCUAAACAAUGUUGGUGUUGGUUCUACGUUAAGGGCUAAACACUGUUCCAUAAUUUACAUUUUAUUUCUGCUGGACAGUGUUAUAGUAUUAAAAAUAAAAAGAGUACAUUAUCUGCUAGAUCGUUAACUAUUUAGCAAACUAUAUUUGUUUUGUUUGUGUUUUAUCGUUACCAUGUGAUCACACAUAAUGGACAAUAACGGGGAAAUGGUGGUUCUGUUUUGUGAAUUGGUGCACUUUAACGGUUUGAACUGUUAUUGUGCACUAAUGUGAAGGAGCAGCAAACACUCAGCAUGUUAUUUAUUUAUCAUAUUUUACAGAACAUGUCUUCUCUUUACUGUAACUUAACUAAGUCAUGACUCUUAAUUUGAGAAAUAAGUUCUAGUCGUCAAAUACAAGUUCUAGUCAAAGAUCAAAUUAAUCAAAUUCGAUUUCACAAGAUUUUACCGUGAUCGGUACAUAAAAAUAAUUGCAAAAUACUGAAUGUUUUUUGCAUUGUCCCAUACAAUCCAUUCUACCUCAGUGCAAUAAUCAAAGCGCUGCUGGUCAGUGAAUGUUCCCACAAACUGUACAUAAAUUGACAUUCUAUUUAGUUUAUAUUUGUUUUAUAAAGAUGCAUCUCAAGUUUAUUGCUAUACAGUUUUGUAGCAAGGUUUAUGAUCAAAAGUAAUUUAUUUUUUUAAAACCAUUGUUAAAUACAUUUUAUUUUUUACUGCUGCGUGCUGCGACUUUAGCAAAUCAUGGACACUUCUUUCAUCCUUAUUGUGCCUAACAUAACGCCCGAUUAAAAGUAUAAACGUGUGGUCUUUGUGGUUCCAAAUAAAAUCACUGCUGACAUCCUCCUCCAAAAAUCUCAAUUAGGCCUACAUAAAAAACGAAUGCAUUUUUUUCAUUGACUUCAUCAGAAAAUCUAAGUCAAAGUUGUGACAAUAACAAUAAUAAGAAAAUCAUCAAUAACACAACGGUAGAAUUGUCAUGUAAGGAACACAUUUGAUGGAGAGACCUAGUCGUGCGUCCUUUGCGACGUCACGCUCAGCAGGGGACCACAGAGGCUGCUCUGACGAAGGCGUUAUGUUAAUGUGGCGAAUCACCUCCUCGCGACAGCACACUCGUGUUGCCUAGCGCUUCGUAAAGACCGAUUUGCAUUAUCCUUGCUUUUUUGGCGGCUGAAACGACAAGGGAAAAAGUGACAUGUCGAGCUUUGUCCUUACAUGUUAAGCCAACUAGCGUCUUAUCGUUCAUUGUUUGGUUGUUUUUUACCAUAUUAAGUGUCCUGAUUUUUUUUUUGCCCCAUAUAAUGUAUUGUUAUCAUUUCUAAGUGUAACCGUGAGAAAAUGUGCAAUAGGUUAAAGGACGACAUGCUUGAGAGUUAAUGGAAAACAAAACGAAAAAAAAAACGGACCAUCUCAAUCUUGUGAUAGUUAUUUUUUGGGAUUAGAAAUCAGACGGCCUCUCACAACCGCCCCCCCCCCCC